AUGGCCGCCGCAAACAAGCAAGGCAAGAUGCAGGGCCUGAUCAACUACCGUCUGCGCGUCACCAUGAUGGACGGUCGUCAGAUGGCCGGCCAGAUGCUCGCCUUCGACAAGCACAUGAACCUCGUCCUCGCCGACACGGAAGAGUUCAGACGAGUAAAGCGCAAGCCCACAAAGUCGGCAGCUCCUGGACAGGCAGAGCCUCAAUUCGUCGAGACAGAGGAGAAGCGUACCCUUGGUCUUACCAUCGUUCGCGGUGCGCAUAUUGUCGCCUCGACUGUCGAAGGUCCUCCACCCGCAGAUCCCUCGACGAGACUGGCCAAGGAUGGUCCCGCAGGCCCUGGUGCUCCUACUAUGACUGCUGGCCCUGGUAUCACUCGCCCGGCAGGUAGAGGUCUGCCUCCUACCGGUCUUACUGGUCCUGCUGCAGGUGUUGGCGGUCCCGCUCCCGGAUUUGGCUUCCCUGGUGCUCCUGGUGGUUUCCCCGGCGCGCCUCCACCAGGCUUUGGUGGUAGAGGUGGUCCUCGUAUGUUCUGA